CACGGUCUCGCAGUCGGGCUGCUCCGGGCCUGGACUUGUAGUCUGGGUGACUGUCGCCUCCCGGGGCUCCUCCGUCUCGAACCCGCUGCAAGACCAUGGCAGAACCUCAGCCCGCCUCCGCCGGCCUCACCGACGAGGUCGCCCUCGGAUGCUGCGCCGAGCCGCAUCCCAGCACCAAGGACUUCCUGUUGCAACAGACCAUGCUACGAAUUAAGGAUCCAAAGAAGUCUCUAGAUUUCUAUACUAGAAUUCUUGGAAUGACGCUUAUCCAAAAAUUGGAUUUCCCCACUAUGAAAUUUUCACUCUAUUUCUUGGCUUAUGAGGAUAAAAAUGAUAUCCCAAAAGAAAAAAAUGAAAAAUUAGCUUGGGUAUUUUCCAGAAAAGCUACUCUUGAACUGACACACAAUUGGGGUACUGAAGAUGAUGAGAGCCAGAGUUAUCACAAUGGCAAUUCAGACCCUCGCGGAUUUGGUCACAUUGGAAUAGCUGUUCCCGAUGUACAUGGUGCCUGUAAGAGAUUUGAAGAGCUGGGAGUCAAAUUUGUGAAGAAACCUGAUGAUGGUAAAAUGAAAGGCUUGGCAUUUGUUCAAGAUCCUGAUGGCUACUGGAUUGAAAUCCUGAAUCCGAAUGUAAUGACCACUAUUUGUUAGUUCUGUCAGAUACUGCUUCGAGAGCUCAAGGUGGACACUGAGAGGUGAAAAUGGAAACGGUGUGAUUCACGAUUUUCAGAAACAGGAGCAUCAAGAAGGAAUAAUGUUGGUUCCUACUCAAAUAUAUAUUCUGAGUCCAUUUCCCCUUUUUGCUUCAGCUGUGUUUUUCAUCUGUUCGUUUUACUUUGAAAGUACUGCUUUGCCUAAAGUCCUUGAGUGUAAUUGUAAUUUCGGGAGGUAAUAAUUAGGAGAAUUCCCUUCAGAGGCAACAUUUUUUCCUUCUAUCACCUAAAUAUGACUUCUCUAUAAGUCUGCCUUUGAAUCAUCAUUUUCUAAAAGAAACAGUUUAACCUGUUUUUAUUCGGGUUAUCUUCUGGGGUU